AUCCGUUUCUGGGUAAUAUAGAGUUGCAUGUUGAUUAUCAGAACGUUGCUUUCCACAAGAACUUCUUAGAACGUCUUGUCCUUCAUAGCCCACUGAUCAGCUUCGCUAAGUGGAGUGGUUGUGUUCGUUUUUACUAGUUCAGGGUACAAGGUUUUUAGAGUGUUUGCACAGUCUUUGUCUUGUUGGGUUCGUUUGUCAAGCACUUGUAGGUUCGAAGCAGCUAACGGAAAUGAAUUCUGAGGGUUUGCAGAAGAGGUCACGGGACACAGCCGAUAUUGUGCACGAUGUCGACCCCACACAGCAGAAGUAUGUCGCCAAGGCAUACCGUAAAUCCGCCGAGGUUGUGAAAAAGCCCGGAAUGCCAUCGUUGAUAGUGAGCUGCGCAAUCCCGCUUGUGGCAGGACUGGUGGUGUCCUCGAUUACUGGCCCCGACCAGUGGUACAAGGAUUUGAACAAGCCGGCGUGGACUCCCCCUGGUCCCAUCUUUGGCUUGAUCUGGACCUUCAUCUACCCCCUCAUGGGCCUGGCCUCGUGGCUAGUGUGGGCCGACGGCGGAUUCCAGCGAAAUGCCUUCCCUCUCGGCGCCUACUUCGUGCAGCUGGGAUUGAACCUCAUGUGGUCGGUGCUCUUCUUCAGGUUCCACAACAUCACUCUCGCAUUCGUCGACAUUCUGGCGCUCGCCGCCGGCGUCUUCACAUGCAUCGGUGCUUUCCAGCCCGUCAACCACGUCGCUGCCAACCUGAUGAAGAUCUACUUCGCUUGGGUGUUGUUCGCUUCCUUCUUAACAUUCUCCAUCCUGGUGAAGAACAUCCAUGGAGUGCCUCACCAUGAGUAGGUCAUGGAUUUGGGAAACGGUUACGAAGCUCAAUUUUACGGCCGAUUUGUAGUUUUCUUUGUACAUUAGUCUUUCGAAGGAAGACAGCGUGCAUUGGGUUUGAAUUGGUGACUGUUCGUGGCUGCCCUUCCGUAAAAAAGUGUAGGAGAAAUUCACACCAAAGAGGCUCUGGUACGUGGAUACAGUGGAGGAAUUUCUUCUCUUGGUUUGGGUGAACCGUUUCUAAUCACUCACAUUUGUAAAGUGUUUCCAAAAUUCGGUCUCAAAUCGGCGUCUCUUUCAUUAUGA